GUGACUUCAAUGGACGUGCAACCACGCUACGAGAAAGACACACGCUCCAGUUAUCUUAAAUUCCAGUGUUGAUAUGCAAGUGUUCAUCAGACUCAAGGCUCCAGCGAAGUGACUACAACUGUGUUAAUUCGUGCCUGUACUCCACGGAGGGGCUCAUCAACAGUUCCAACUCCAAGUCCUCAUCUAUCCCUAGAUAGAGCUUCGAAGGCAUCUUCAAAACUCCAAAUAAAACCUAAUAUACUCAUUAAAAAUUAAUUUUCCUUUCGUCCUCCUUAAAUUCCAAGAAUGGAAAUUUACACAUUUGACAAAAGUCUUCAAGAACGUCUUCUGGAGCUAGAGGAGAUUUUGUCAGGGCGUGGAACGGUGGUUCCAGCCUCGAGGAUAAAACACGAAUGGACAUUCCACGUUGAACUGGUGAUCGAGCCAGUAGGCUGGCAGGCCCUCUGGAAGAUCCCUCGAUUGACCUGCCAGGAGUUCGAGAUCCACUACCCAACGAUUGUUGUCGUGCAGGUGGAGAACGUAGACUUUGCUGAUUUAUCAGCACUGGUGAAGAUUGUUGCAGUGCAGGACGAGAUUCAUUUACCAGAAAAGUGUGACGUUCCACUCAUCGAGUUGUACCCCACGAGGAACCAGGAGAACGCAGUGAUUGAUGCUGAAGGAACAGCGAAUUGUGUGGAUCAGUUGAGGUUUUUCUUCAAUCAUCUGUGGAUGCCUUGGGACACUGACGACGAUGAGACCGCUGACUGGGUGACGAGCCACCUGGAGACGAGGGUCAGACUGUUCUUCGAUAUGAAACGAGGGGAGGUCAAUAAGGACACUUGUGAUAUCAUCAGGACGUUGAUAAGGGAGGGAAAGGAAAUCUCAGCGAAGAUCUUGAGGCUUGAGGAGGAUAUCUCCGAUGAUGAGGGCGAGACUAGGUGCCUCGUGGACGAGGACAAAGCUUGUCAGCUCGUCAAGCUGCAUUUUAGACUACAGCAGAUUAAGACUGAGAUGGAUGUGCUGGAGAACCCAGCGAUGAGGGAGAUGCUUCAACGAAAUCCCCAUUCGGGAAUCAACUCUGGGGAGGUGAAGAGGAGGGAGAGCAGGGGGAGGAAGGUUGAGGCCUUCUUCGUGUGGCAUGGGGGAGAGCUGGGGGAGACUAUGGGCAGUCUGGAGAAGGCGAAGAAGUUCCUACCGCAGGACGUUUUUAUCAAAACUACCGGCUGCAUGCAGGAGGCUCUUCACAGCUCGGAGACUGGGGACAUAGUUGUCUUGGGUGAGGGUGAACAUUUGAUAUCCGGAGCUGGAGGGUUGGAGGAGGGUGGGAGGAUUGUGGGGAUCGGAGACAGGAAGAGUACCGUUGUCUGUGCCAAGGAGAGCACUUCAGGACCCUCACUUCUUGAUUUCUCCGGAGAGGUGAUUCUACAAAAUUUAACUCUGGAUCUUGGUGAACUGCAGGCAGGAAUACUAGUACGAAAGUGCACAGUGAAAAUAAUUGACUGUAGAAUAGUAGCCUCGAAUCAAAGUGUUGUGAAGCUUGGUAUAGUUGUGCUCCCAGAAGGGAAACUUAUUCUUCAGAACUCGACCUUUGUGGGUCUCGGAACUGCUGUGGUUAUUCACAACGCUGGACAAUGCCAGAUGGAAAAUUGUGAUUUUGAGGACUGCAUUGAAGGCCUGCAGGUGCAGGAUGGAGUCAAGUUUCAUGCAGUUCGUUGCAAAUUUUCGAAUUUCAAGGAGUACGCUAUACGCAUGGAGACCGACAGACAUAUCGCUGGGGUGGAGAGUAAGACGGGGAGUAUCGAACUCUUGAAAGACGUUGGAGAGGUGGCUCUUGAGGAAUGCAUAUUCGCGAAUAAUCUGAAAGGAGACGUUGCCAUACGACCACGAUUGUCAGUCGCUCUCUCAGCCAAGCAUGACAACGCAAUGGAAAUUGUUCCUUAAAUUCUUGAUUUUACUUCUCAUUUUAUAAUGCAAUUAAAUCUUUUGUUUUUACGGAUUCAACUAAAAAUGGAAUAUUUUUAUAAUUAUUAACUAAUAAAUACUUUUGGUAGCAA